AUGUCGCUCUCGAUCGCAUUCCUGGGUGGAACUGACGGUCUCGCUGUGGCCAACAAGUUGAGCGUGGACGAGAGCGUCAGUGUGCUAGUUGUCGAUGCUGGUGUUAAUGAGAGCCCGGGUGGUGAGGACAGAGGAGAUUCACCAGAUCGAUGGAGUUAUACGAGUACACCGCAGGAGAAUGCCAAUGGUAACACACAAGAGCUGCCUGCUGGCAAGCUCGUUGGUGGCACCUCGCAGAUCAACGGUAACGUAUACUCUCGGCCUGAAUCAAGCCAAAUCGAUAUCUGGGGAGAUGUAAACAACGCAGACUGGUCAUGGAAUACGCUACUGGAGUACUACAAAUCAUCCGAGACACUAUCCCAUCCAAGCAGCGACCAGGAAGAAGGAGGCUACACCGUCAACGAAGACUACCACGGCCUGAACGGUCACGACAACGUCUCCUUCCCCGCCGAGACCAACGCCGACUUCCACAAGAUCCUGGAGAAGACUGCAAACAACUUCAGCAUGCCCCUCAACCGAGACUUCAACGGCGGCAACGCUCGUGGCUUCGCUACAUACCCUGCUCAAUUCGUCAUCGAGGGCGAGCGAGAGCAAGUCCGCUGGUCUGCUAGAGAAGCAUAUUACUUGCCAGCACAAAAGCGCAAGAACCUCGAACUCAUCGAUCAGCCCACCUGCAUCCGCUUGGCUUGGAAGGACCCCUCAGGUGGCGACAACAAAGCCAUAACAGCAGACGGCGUCGAAAUCGCCUCAACCGAAAAGGAGCAAACAAUCAAAGCCCGCAAAGAAGUCAUCCUCUCGGCAGGCGCCUACCGCUCCGCCCCAAUCCUCGAAUUCUCCGGCGUCGGUGACAAGAAGCUCCUCUCCAACUACAGCAUCGACUCCAUCAUCGACCUCCCCGGCGUCGGCGAGAACCUCCAAGACCAAGUCCAAGGCACGUUCUUCUUUAACCGCAGCGAGAAAUCCUCCAUAACCUUCCCAGACCCCGUCGGUGAUGAAAUCACAACAAACUUCCUCUUCCACCUCACUUACGAAGAUGUCCUCCAAGAUGGCAGUCCCGAGUUCCAAGAUCGCGUCAAUGGCUCUCUGUCGGAUUACGCAGAUUCCAUCGAGAAGCAUAUCAACAGCACCCUCUCUGCCGUCCAGAUAAGGAAAUCCCUCCAAAAUCCAACACGACAACAUCUUCAACACCCGCGCCCCCGCCGUUGA